AUCACAGAAAACCUAUAACUGCUUGUGAAAUUUUACUAUGAAAGUAUUGCCAUUUACACUAAAAUAGAGUGAGGACUUCAGAGGCAUUCCUAAUCGUAUAAAGGGUCUUUAACGCUAUUUGUAAGAAUCCGCCAACAUGUUGGUUAUGCUAGCAGCUGUGUUUACGGUUCAUGUUGCCACUACGGUAAUGCUCUUUGUUGCCACCAUUUCCAAUGUUUGGUUGAAGAGUAACACUGGAGCGACAUCACAGGGCAUUUGGAUGCAAUGCACUGGUGGGAGUUGUGAAUCUAUAUUUGGACACAUUGGCCAAGGAAACGAUGCUUCUAUGAGAGCAGUUGAAGCUUUCAUGAUCUUGUCCAUUAUCUUCUGCUGUUUUGCCCUGAUCGCUUUCAUUGCACAGCUCUUUACACUGGGUAAAGGAUGUCGCUUCUACAUCACAGGAGCCCUCAUGCUUUUCUGCUGGCUCUGUAUCCUUAUUGCGGUCUCAAUCUAUACAGCCAGAUUUGCGAAUACAGUUGCUUUUUACCAUGCAUAUUGCUUCAUUUUGACAUGGAUCUGUUUUUGCCUUAGUUUCAUACUUGGAAUUCUCUAUAUGGUCCUGCGGAAGAAAUAAUAAUUUUACAGAUCUCUAUUAACCUUAUUGCCUGUGAACUGUAACUUCAAAAACAACCCCCCAAGGCUGUCAGAACAAGAACUGCUACAUCAUGAUGACAUGAAACUAUGUGGUUUAUUUCUAUGCGAGGCACACAAAACUUGUAAAUGUUUAAAAUAAAUAUUUGACUUAUUGGGAGUAAACAAUAUAGCUGAAAAAUUGGACAGUUAGGCAAUUAUAAUGUUGCUGUUCAAAUCUCUUUACAUACAAAACAGGCGUAGCUAAAAUUAUCUCCAAAGAUGAAACUGCUAUUUACUUUGAAAAAAAGUAUAUUGAUUUUAACUUAUUUUAGUUGUAUUUCAAAAAUGUUGUUAGGUAAAAUGCAUUAGCUUUCUGUAUUAGGGACUCCGAGUGGCAGCCUCUUAGUAUUGCACAUUUACUAUACAAGACAACUUCAUUACCAAGAGAAUUGCACAGCAAAAGGGUGACUAUAUUUAGAAUUGUUUAACUUUGUCAUGUUGAACCUUAAAGCAUUAUGUAAAAUCAAGAGAGACAAUACAGAGGGUUCGGUGUCUUAUAUAUAAAUAUGUUUAGAUAGUAUUGUUAAACAUUUAUAAUAUUAAAAAUUCUACCAUAUGAAA